AGAGAGAGAGAGACACCGAGGAGAAGACUUCGCCGCGGAUGGCUUGAGUAGGGAGAAGGCUUUUGGGGGAUCUCGGAAGGGAAAGGGCUUCAUUCCGCGCGGGGAUCUCUUUCGGACUCGCGUGGACUCGUGGGAACUUGGGAAGCGGCGUCCGGGACUCGCAGGGGGUCUCCCACGCCCCCCGGGGAGAUGUUCCAGGGCUUCCCCGGCAGCAGCGGCGGAGACUACGACUCGGCGGCCUCCCGGUGCAGCUCCAGCCCCUCCUUGGCCGAGUCCCACUGCCUCUCCUCCUCCGUGGAUUCCUUCGGGAGCCCCGCCGGCCCCGGCCACGCCUCCGCACAGGAGUGCAGCGGCCUUGGGGAAAUGCCUGGAUCCUUUGUGCCGACAGUGACUGCCAUAUCGACUAGCCAAGACCUCCAGUGGCUGGUGCAGCCCACCUUGAUCUCCUCCAUGGCUCAGUCGCAGCAGCCGCCCCAGCCCCAGCCCACGGUGGACCCCUACGACUUGCCCGGGACCAGCUACGCCACUCCCGGGAUGAGCGGCUACGUCUCGGGCCCCUCUGUGGCCCCUGCGCCACCGCCACCGCCGCGCCCCACCAGAGCCCGCCCCCGAAGGCCGCGGGAGGAAACGCUGACUCCCGAAGAAGAAGAAAAACGGCGUGUCCGUCGAGAGAGGAACAAGUUGGCUGCCGCCAAAUGCCGGAAUCGGCGCCGAGAGCUGACGGACCGCCUUCAAGCGGAGACGGACCAACUGGAGGAAGAGAAAGCGGAGCUGGAGUCGGAGAUCGCCGAACUGCAGAAGGAGCGGGAGCGCUUGGAGUUUGUCCUGGUGGCUCACAAGCCCAGCUGCAAGAUCCCUUACGAGGAGCUGGGUCCAGACUUGGGGGCCUCUUCCUCCGCCGGCGAGGUGGGCGCCUUGGGCCUGCCGGUCAAAGAGGACCCCUUUGCGCCCACGGCCUAUGCCCCGCUGCCCGUCCAUUACCAGCCGCAGCAGCCGCAGCAGCAGAGCCUUGGCGGACUCCCGGCGGAGGUAGCGUUUUCUAGUUCUUACUUUACACAUGGUGAAGCGCUGACCGACCCGUACCCCGUUAACCCUUCCUAUACGUCUUCGUUUGUGUUCACCUACCCAGAGGGAGCCAGCUGUGGAGCAAGCCACCAGCGGAACAGCAGCAGCGACCACUCCUCCGAUUCCCUGAACUCUCCCUCGCUCCUUGCUUUGUGAAAACUCAAAACAAACAAACAAACAAGGCCCAAACUCAAACAGACCAAACCAAACCAACCCCCAUAAGGCAUUCGCUAAAAACCACAUGCGCUAUUCUUCAAUGUGAGCCAAAGGCGGGCCAAGGGAUGGAAAAUUUAAAAAGGCGCAUGCGACGGCCGUCUUAGCCGAACCGGGAGCAUCCAAUGUACAAAACAUCCCACCUGGGCAUUCAUGUGCAGGGGGAAAUACAAAACCGCCCAGCCUGCGAAACCACCAUCAUUUCAGCCACGCAACCGUGUUGUUGUUGUUGUUGUUGCGCUUCGACUUCUUGCUGUCGUGAAACUUUGCUCGAAACGGACAAUGCAAUGCGCCCAAACGCACGGAUGGAGAACCUUUUGCCAAAGGAGAUAUGUUCUGUGUUUAGUGUUUCCACGCGACGCUUCAGAUCGAGGAGAACGAGCGGGUUUUGGGGAUUUCUGAGCUGCGAGAAGACGACCGGAGGAGUUCCGAGCCUGGCUUUUGCUUCGGAAACAGUUGGGCCUUCGCCUUGGAUGGGGCCUGAUUUUCUCUCCAGUGAGCCGGACUAUGACGUCUCUUGUUUGCUUGCUGUUUGUACGAAGCCGAGCAAAAGGCCGUCCCCGAUCCGUUGGGAAAACGAGGAUGAAUGGGGGUCCCCCCAUUGGUGUCUGGCACCUUUUUUGCUGCAAAAAGCUGUGUUCUCGCUAACUCUGUAUUGGCUGCUAAUUGUGAAUAUUUGUGCCAGUUGCAUGCUUCGAAAACGGCCACCUUGAUGCUAUUUCUCAGCCAGUUUGAGCAUAAACUCCACCUGGUGUGUCUCCUUGAGCCAAGUUAGUCUGUGCCAUAGUCAAGGAGGAAUGUGAGAGAGUGGGACUCUGGGGAGUUGAGUUCGAAUCCCCGUUCAGUCUUGAAACCCCCUUGGGUGAGUCACACUCUCUCAGCCUCACAAAGGCAAGCCUCUUCUGUGCAAAGAAAACCCCUCGACAUACAUUGGGAACACAACGGCGAAGUAGAAAUGGAAUGGUCCGUUGUGGCAAAAUGAAUAUUUUGGGUUGCCAUAGGUCAAUAAUAAUGACACUGGCCGUCCCUUUGGUGACCUCUGUCCACUUGCCCAAGACCAAAAAAAAAUACAUAAUUCUCCAAAUGCACAAAAUGAUUUUAUUUUAAUAUACAUAGAUCCCUUAUUUUAAUAUAUAUAGAUAUAUAUCUUAUAGGUCUUGACAGUAUGACUUUGUGCUAACUUUGCUUUUGAGUAAAUACUGCAGAUGUCAAUGGGUUGCACUUCUUGGAUCUUUAUUAUUAUU